ACUUUCAAAAAUCAAUUUUCUUUCUCUAAAAUCAUCAAAAUCAUUUUUCAUACCAAGUAUUACUAUAAUUUGUGUUAUUUUUUGAAAAUUACUGAACAUUUCCAGUAGCAUAUAUUUUUGAAAAUCUUAUUUCCGAUUGUCUUGCUUUAGUCCAUCUAUUAUGUAUUUUAUUCAAUUAUGUCCCUUUAUUUUAUUUAAUUUAUGAAAUAUUUUCAAUAAAAUUUAUAGUAUUAACAAUAUAUAUAAAAAUAACGUUAAUAAAAUAAUUAACGUAAAUUUAUCUUAAGUUAAAUAAUUAACGUAAAUAAUUAACGUAAAAUAAUUAACGUAAAUUUAUCUUAACUAAUUGUUAAAAUUCAUUUAAGUUAUUAAUAUAAUUGAAUAAAUACAAAAUGGAUGAAGUAUGUGGGAAAUAGAAAGUGUGGUGGGGUUUAGUGAAUAAUAAAAGUAUAAGUGGUGAGGAGUUUUUUUUUUGCUCAUUGGUGGGAUGAGUUUGUUGUAACAAAAUUUGUAUGUGAGGAAAGUGAUGUGGAGGAGUAAGAAAGUGGUAGAGAGAUAGUGGUGAGGAGUUGUUUUUCCCCACUAGUGAGAGUGGUCUAACAGCUCGUGGCAAUAUCAUACUCGUAUAUUUUUCCAAAUAAUUUUCAGAUUCUACCUUAUACAUUGGUUUAUUUUUAAAAUAUGAGAAUUCGUUUGAUGAAUCAGUUGGGGAUUUCGUAUCCACAGGACCACUAUUAUGUCAUUGUCUACAGUUUUCAUUCAUAAGUAGUAAUAAUUAUUAAUUCCUCAUUCAUUCUACGUACCAUUAUAUUAUUAAUACUCUAUAUACUUGGUACUACGUACAACAUAUAUCUUCUAGCCUCGGAAUUUUUGUAGUACGUGUUUGUAGCCUCAUUUGGUUCUAUGGAGUCCAAUGGACCAAAUGCUCAUAAUAAAUUUCAAAAAUGUCUUAGUUUUUUCACAAAGAUCGAUUACUUCAUUGCAGGAAACAAAAAAGGAAACACGGUUAGACCAAGAGCACCUUUCAAAUACUUUGUGGUAGACGCAUUUACAAGCUCGCCUCUAAAGGGUAAUCCAGCGGUGGUUUUCUUGUUAGACGAAGAGAAAGAUAAAGAAUAUUUACAAGCAAUAGCUCAAGAGUUCAACUUGUUGACUUGCUAUGUGACAAAGUUGACUUCUUUGAAGACGCCUAAGUAUAAACUUCGAUGGUUUGCCCCUGCUUCGGAGGUGAAAAUUUGCGGGCAUGGAACCAUAGCAUGCGCACAUGCAAUAUUUUCAACCGGGGCAAUUCAAGGCAACGAGAUUGAAUUCGAUACCCACUCUGGAGUUUUCUUGGCUAAGAGGAUUUUGGAGAAAAUUGAGAGUAAAAAACAUAACAAGUCCCUAAUUCAGUUGAUCUUUCCCUUAUAUCCAACUGUUCAACUGGAUCCAACUGAGAUGAAAUUGGUCCCUGCAUCUCUUAAAGGUCCAACCACAUUGAAUAUUAUGAAAAUGGCUCCGGAAAAUGACCUCAUUGUUGAGUUAUUAUCUAGCAAGGAUGUUGUAGAUUUUACUCCAACAAUGGAUGAGAUUAAAAUAUGGCCAGGAAGAGGUGUUGCUAUAACAGGAUUAGCUCCUCCAGAAUCCGAAUUCGAUUUUUUUACUCGCCUUUUUAGUCCGAAUUUUGGAAUUGAUGAGGAUCAAGUAUGUGGGAGUAUACAUUGUGCUGUGGCGCCUUAUUGGAGCAAAAAGCUCGGAAAAUUUCAUCUCAAGGCCUACAUGGCAUCUCCAAGAGGAGGGAUUCUGAAACUAGAUGUGGAUACAAAAACAAAGAGUGUAAAAAUAGCUGGUGAAGCUGUUAUUGUGAUGGAAGGUGCAUUCAUCUCUUAGCCGUUAUCUAAAUUUUUGCCCGAAUCCAGUUAUUGUUUUGGUCUUUCAAUUUCCAAAAGGUCUCGUACGUAUUCAGUAGUUAGUGUGCAUUCAAUUUAUUGUACGUCGGUUAAUAUUUACACAAUUUUAGAUAACUUAUAACAUAUAUUUUAUAUUAUGAAGUGAAUUUUGAUGGAUAAAGUUUUGGUCC